AUGACUGACCCGGGCGUCGAUGACCUGCACUAUGGUCACUUCGGUCAACCUGUGUACGACGUCGAGAACAGAACCUGGGUCUUCCAGCGAUCUCCCGGUGUGCGACGCGUCUUCCAUCCCGUGGAUCACCCUCAAGUCGAGAUACCCGCCACCAUUUCCGCGACCACAUGCCGCGUGAGCUCUGCCGCCGAGCUGGAUGAGCAGCAGAGCCAUCUUAUUGCUCUGUUUCCCGAGCUUCAGACUGCUGCCCCUCUUCUUGGGCGCCUUGCCCAGGUCUCGAAUGCGAUCGAGGCCGUUGCCUCUACCUUUGAUCCCCUAACUGGAGACCUACUGGCUUGCGGACGAGCCGCCGAUGUUCAGAAUGGUGAAAAAGGGACCAUCAGUUUCAUUGCUUUGCCCGGAGGUGCUGCUGGAGAAUCGCUCCGUCUAGUGCGGCGACACCAUGAGGACCAUGGCUGGGGACAAGAUAAGAGUACUUGGCUGAAGGUGCCUACCCUUCGUCAUGGAGACAUUGGCUGGUGGUCUGGAAUGGGCACACCUAUCCAGCAGAUCGCCAGCGCAGUCCAAGCCGACAACCGCAGUACCUUUCUCGCUGUUCGUACUGCCCGCUCCAUUCACAUUUUCCAGCCCCGGUACCAUCGUCAGCCAGUAGCUCCCCCAGAAGACCCCGCGUCUUUCCUUUCGUUACCUGCUUCUAGACUGGAAGCAAGCCCUUUGCUCUACCUGGCCUCUGCCUCGCACGAGCAGGGUUACGCAGAUGUUGCUUUCAACCCUUGGUAUCAGCGGCAGUUCGGAACGCUUGAUCAGGAAGGAAACUGGACUAUAUACGAUAUCGAGGGUAGACGGGGAAAGAAGAGUGGUUAUCGAUCCGUCCAGGCACUGAAAGGCUGUCUCGCACCGCCUUUAACGAAAUCAGACCUUCAGGAGGGCACACUCCCGGGUAACUAUGAUGGCUGGGGCCGCGUGUUGUGGGUCAACGACGUAAACACGGUGUUGGUCUGCAAUAGGCGGAUCCUGCAAAUCGCGGAUUUCCAGGGCCGGUCGGUCUAUUUGUCGCCGGCUAGUCUUAGACUUGCUCGGACCUCCUCUUGGAUCUUGGACGUGAGGCGAGAUCCUCAUGACACAAGUCGCAUCCUUGUUUUGACCUCGACACACCUCUUGAUCUUGAAGAUGCCAGUCCCUGCGCGAUCAAAUGAGAAUGCGAACUGGGUGGAUGCAGAUGUUUUGCUGUCCUGGAGACAUUUUGUCCACGAGGAAGAUACGACGAUGCGAAUCCAUGCGUGUGUUGAUGAAGGAGACAUCGUUGUGUUUUUACAGUCCCAUACACUGUUCUACAGUAUUGUAUUCCGGUACCGUCAACAUGAGGACUUGGACUUGCUCAUUUCUGCUUCGGAUCCUGCAACGUUCUUACACUCUCAUCCUGCACUGCGUGGGAUGCACAUGGAAGCCCUCGAUUUCGGUCAUUUCGAUCGGGGGGUUGUCUCUGGGCCUGGGAAUGGCUACCGCGAACGCGGUCUUCGAUUCUUCAACUUCCAUAUCCUGUCAAAGACUUUGGAGGCAAGCCGGAUGCUGGUAGUCGUUUCCGAUGAAUCAUCUGGCCCAUUGGUGCAACAGCGAGCUUCCUUGGAGGUUGAAUGUCCCCGCUGGAUAAGAAGAAUCAUACCUCAAAGCUCGUCCCGUAUACCGGACGACUCAUCCUCCGUCGCAGGCGGUGUUGAAGAAAUGGAGGAAGCGUCAAAAAACCACGAAUUGCGAAAAAGAAAAACUGCAAGGCUUCCGAUGGAUGAGGUCAUGCACUGGCGAUUGGAGAAAUUGUCUCGGCUCAACGAGUUGCUUGAAGACAUGAGCAAGGUUGACGAUCUUACUCGGGAGGACUCUUCGGCGAUGAUGAGUGAGCUCACCGCGAGCAUCGGCUCUAUGGAUCCUGCGGAAUGUCGCCCGAACACACUGUACCGCAUUGCUGGUCGCGAGAUCUCAGAUCUGAAUGUUGCUGAUGUCGAUGAGACAGCUGCCUCCUUUUCAGAGCUCGUGAGGUUAAUGUCCGAACAGGAUGGCGAUGCGCCAGCAUUGACUGUCAAACCGUUGGGCGGUGUUUCCAUUGUCGAGAUUGAGGAUGGCGUGCCGUCCAUCUCGCUGACGUAUGAGAAAUUCAUCCGGAAGCAUGUGUCGACUAUGCCAAUGAACACGACAGCGCGAGACCGUCUAGAGAGGGAGCGGCUUGCCAGGCGGCUCGCGGUACUCUCUUGCCUCGCAAGCGUCAAACUGGAGGUACAGCAGCCGGGGACGGAGCAGGAGUCGGUCGAAGCAUCACAACUCAUGGACGAGGACAGUUAUUCAGCGGGUUAUCUGAGCUCCGAGCCGGACUAUAGCCAAAGCUCAAGCUAUCCCCUGCCGACCCCAGAGGCUACGCCUUCGCUAGCCUCAGAGGGCACCUUCAUCUCGAGCAUGUCGGCUUUGACCGACCUAUCGAUUCCCCAACGCCUCAGCCGGUUUGGAGUAACCUCUGGCCACGGCCGCAAGCAAAUACCCGACCUGCCGGCAGCGGGGAAGCAGAUACUUGCUCAGUGGAAGAUUGGUGAGGCAUAUCCGGCAGGUCGCGACGAAGGUGACUAUUAUUCGAGACGAGGAAGGCGCAGGAGCGCCCUGAAUGAUCCGACCCUCUCGGUCAAAAAGCGCGAGAAGCUGCUCAAACAAGAAGAGAGGCGGGCACGAAAGCAACGGCGGGAGACGGAGUUGUUCCAACAGUCGCAGCACACCAGCAUUUCCGAUGAGCACACCUGUUCGCGGAAGGCCAAGUCAGAUGGGACAGUCAUCCCAGAUGGGGCAAUCAUCCCAGAUGGCACCGUCGACGCAGGUGGAGAGAGGGGCACACGGAGGGCGGCCCAAGAAGAAGAGGAGGAGGACUGA